AUGCAGUCGCCGUCUGGCUCGAGGUCUCAGCGACCUUAUCCCGGAGAUCCUCCUCUGAGCCCUCCCCCCCAGUACCCGCUGUCGGGCAGCGACCCUGCGAUGGCCUCCCAGUCUGGCCGCAGCUCAUCGGCCUCGGCCCGACCAGGGUCCAGCAAGAGUGCACCCGAUAAACAAAUCUCCCAGAUCGAAAAGAGCGUGACACAUCUUCUAGUAGCCACGAAACAACUCCUGGAGACGCUGACGCAAUGGUCUCGAAAACAAGCCUCGGAGAACGACGUGUCCGAUGUAUAUGUGCGUCUGGGAUAUGAAUUCAACCUGGCCUGUCGGGCCUUCAAUGCUAUCAGCGUCGACACCUCGGAUCUAGGCCCCGUGCCAGACCUCCUACGAACGAUCCUAGAAGACACCCUCAGCCAGGAUGCAUCGCCGCAGAGCCUGGAUCGUUACCUCCCGCGAAUUCGUGACAUAAUUGUCAAUCUACUGCAAGGGUUGAAGAAGAAACAGGCACGGCUACGGUCACGACAACAACGAGAAGAAGGCAGACCCGCGCCGGGACGACACGCCAGUGCCGGACACUUGGAUGGGCCCCCCAACAUGGGACAGCUGUACGAUGAAACAGCCGCCUCCGUUAUGCCGCCUGCGGCUGCGCAGUCUCCGAGACGGUCGGCUAAGCGAUACGGCAGCAAUGGGUCUUUGGACGACCAGCACGCUAUGUCUCGAGCUUCACCAGGGCCUUCACCAGCGCCCGUCUCAGGCGAUGGUGGGGGAGGGAGCUUUUCUGAGCGGGAAGCAUCGCGGCGGGAGACGCAACAGCUGCUCACGCAAAGCUCUCCGACGGAAAUUGUGGACUCGGCUCUCACUCCUCGCGGCGCAGUGGCUGCUCCCAAUACGCCUGCAGGCUUCCCGGCGCCUCCACCACCGCCGAAACAGGACGAUGCCCUUGGUGCUCUACAAAGGAGUGGAGAGCUGGAGCGACGUGCGUCUCGUCGCUUCUCUGCAUAUCAGAUCCAGAAGCACCUUGGUCCCUCCACCAACGGCGUCCCAGUUCUCCCGACUCAGAGUUCCCCUAUUCCGAACCGUGGCCGGGAUGUUCGCGAGUCUUUGAACGCAGUUCGCCUGCGGGGAUCAUAUACGCAUACGAGACAACAGUCUUCCAUUGCUUCCAAGAGCGGAGCGGCACAGGCGGCCGCGAGUAUCCCAGAUCCAGUGGUAGAAGAGCAAAGCAAGGUUGCUACCGAGCCCCCAUCGGCCACACAGCAAGAACCAGCUCCCGAACUCUCUGGCGACCAAUCUACUGCAGUGGAGCAGGAUAACGCUAAAGAUACUACCGUCCAGACGCCACAGCUAGACUUUCCACAGCCUCCAACGGCACCGGCACCCCUUGGGGACGUCGAGUCAGGAAAGCCCAAGACUCCAGCUGUGGAGGCGGUGCCGGAGCCAGAAACGCCCAAGCCAGACCGCCUCGAGCUAUCUACGAAUAUUUCUACGCCUCAGCCAGUCACUCAAUUUGUGAAUGAGCAGCCCUCUCCUGGAAAGGAGUUAACUCUCUUCUUGCAGUACAAAAGCAAAAUCAAGAAGUAUGUCAUUCCAGAAGGCGCUGCAGAGCUCACUAUUGGGCGGCUGCAGUUGGCUUUCAUUGAGAAAUUCGCAUGGAACACACACAACAACGGGGCAGACUUGCCUGAGAUUUACAUCCAAGAUCCGAUUUCGGGAAUUCGACAUGAGCUAGAAGACUUGAGCGAUGUCAAAGACCGCUCAGUGCUCGUUCUAAAUGUCGACACCCUAGACGAGGUCAAGAAACAUUUUGAUGACGGCUUUGGCAGCAUGCGGCUCCUGUUUGAGGGCGUCAAAGAGGCUCUUGCCGGGCAAGGGACCGUCAUUCAACGCGUCUCGGACCGGCAGCUUGAAGCGGCGAAAGAAAUGGCUCGCUUGUCCGUCGCACCCCCCGUUUCGGUCUCGGCCCCUCCCGCACUCGGUGACAGUCGGAAAGCUCCAAUCGCAGGAAGCGGCAGUCAGGUUGCAGAACUUCAGAGCCUGCGUCGCGAUCUUGCUGUCCUGCGGCAGACUUAUUCCAAUUUCACGUCUGACAUUACGAGCUCAAUGAGUGACGUGCGGGCCAAGGCAAGCAAGGUCAAGUCUUCUGCCGAGGAGGCUGCGAUUCCGACGUUCGAAGGUGAUGCCGGUCGGGCCCGAGUCAAUACAGGCAAAAAGGAGCUUGCCAAGGAGUCGGAGCGGCUUGUCGCUCGUGUGGACGAUCUCCAAGAUCUCGUGGAGGAUCUCCGCAAGGAUGUUGUCACAAGAGGCGUGCGGCCCUUGCCCAGACAAUUGGAAGGUGUCAGCCGAGAUGUCAGUAAUGUCAUGAAGGAGAUCAAGAAGAUGCAAGACUUCCUGAGCCGUGAGAAGCCCAUCUGGACCAAAAUCUGGGAGAAGGAACUACAGAUGGUCUGCGAGGAACGAGAUCAACUUACCAUGCAAGAGGACCUUGCCGCCGACUUGCAGGACGACCUCGAGAAAGCAGCCCAAACAUUUGCUUUGGUGGAGCAGGCCACCAAAGAGCAGGCGCAGAGCAACGUCAGUAGCGGCGCUGGCACCCCCGGCGCACGUUCCGCCUCCCGAACUCUGGGAAUCGAUCCGACGAUUGACCCCAUGAAAGCCAAAGACGGCGUCCUCGGCGAGGUCCGCGCUCUGCAGCCUAACCAUGAGAGCCGAGUGGAGGCUAUCGAGCGAGCAGAAAAGGCGCGGAAGAAGGAACUUGAGAGUCGGCGAAUCGGCCUCUUCCAGAAAGAACUAGGGAAUUUUGUCCAAGAGGGCAAGCUGAAGAAGAGCGGCGGCGUCGAAGAGGCGGAACGACUGCGCAACGCCAAGGAUGACCGCAUUCGCAAGGAAGUCUGGGAGAGGCAGCAGGGUAUCAAUGCCAAGAUGGAGGCUGCCGAAGCGGCAGCCCAAGCAGAACAGAAAUCCGAAGGACAGGAUGAGACAACCAGCUCAGGAGAAGCAGAAACCGCAUCCGAAGGCUCUCCGAGUCACAAGAACGAAGAGUCGCCAUCUUCCGACAAGCCUGAGUAG